GAAGAAAGAGAGAGGAGGGAUUGAUCCAGAGUGGUUUCUCAGACUUUCAAAACUGCAAGCCAGGUGACUAUGGUAUGGAUGCGACCAAGAAAAACAAACGAGAUGGUACUGAAGUCACCGAAAGAAUUAUCACUGAAACAGUAACUACAAGACUUACAUCCUUACCACCAAAAGGGGGGACCAGCAAUGGCUAUUCCAAAACAGGCUCUCUCGGCGGAGGGGGUCGGCUGGAGAAGCAGAGCCUGACCCAUGGCAGCAGUGGCUACAUAAACUCAAGUGGAAGCACCAGAGGCAAUGCCUCCACCUCCAGUUACAGGAGGGCUCGGUCACCUGCCUCGACUCUGCCCAAUUCGCCAGGCUCAACCUUUGAACGGAAAACAACUGUCACCCGCCAUGCAGCGUAUGAAGGGAGUUCCAGUGGAAACUCUUCCCCGGAGUACCCCCGGAAAGAAUUCGCAUCUUCCUCAACCAGAGGGCGCAGCCAAACUCGAGAGAGUGAAAUCCGGGUUCGACUGCAGAGUGCGUCCCCAUCUACCCGAUGGACCGAAUUGGAUGAUGUUAAGCGCUUGCUCAAGGGGAGCCGAUCGGCCAGCACCAGCCCCAUACGGACCUGCUCCAACACACUGCCCAUCCCCAAGAAGGGCACCGUGGAGACCAAAACCAUGACAGCGAGCUCGCAGUCAGUGUCGGGGACCUACGAUGCAACCGUCCUGGACGCCAACCUUCCCUCCCACGUGUGGUCCUCCACCCUGCCGGCGGGGUCUUCUAUGGGAACCUACAACAACAUGACCACGCAGAGCUCCUCGCUCCUCAACACCAAUGCCUACUCUUCAGGAUCAGUGUUUGGAGUUCCAAAUAACAUUGCGUCCUACUCGCCCACGCUGCCCCCGGGCCUCAGCACCUGCUCCUCAGUGUUUGGCAUGCAGAACAACCUGGCCCCCAGUUCGACCACCUUGUCCCACGGCACGGCCACCACGGCCACAGGAUACGGAGUCAAGAAGAACAUGCCCCAGAGCCCUGCUGUUGUGAGCACGGGCAUGUCCACCUCUGCAGCCAGCACCACCGCUGUCCAGAAGGAGGAGAUUCUGCACAAGGACUGUAAGUUCCUGAUCUUGGAGAAAGACAACGUGCCUCCCAAGAAGGAGAUGGAGCUGUUGAUCAUGACCAAGGACAGCGGGAAGGUCUUCACCGCCUCCCCGGCGACCAUCGCUUCAACUUCAUUUUCAGAGGACACCCUGAAAAAAGAAAAGCAAGCCACCUACAAUGCUGACGCCUACCUGAAGUCUGAAGCUAAUGGAGACGUGAUGGCAGCAUCCACCAAGGGCAAGGCUGCUUCUGCAGAAUUCCAUGGCUACGACCACCGAGGCGGUGGCGGUGGUGGCGGAGGUGGGGGAGGCGUGGCAGGGGCCGGAGGCCCAUGGGGAGCAGUGCCUGCCUGGUGUCCCUGUGGCUCCUGCUGCAGCUGGUGGAAGUGGCUGCUGGGCCUGCUGCUCACCUGGCUGCUCCUCCUGGGCCUGCUCUUCGGCCUCAUCGCUCUGGCGGAGGAGGUGCGGAAGCUGAAGGCCAGAGUGGACGAACUGGAGAGGCUCAAGGCCAGCAUGUCACAUUUCGAGGAGCUGGAGAGGAGCAGCAAGGAGCGCCUCCUGGGGGCCAAGCCCGGGUUGGGGACGGGCCUGGGCACCGGGGCACUGGACAGCCACGGCCAGGAGGCACUCUGGGUAUUCGUGAGGAACAGGCUGCAGAUGGAACAAGAGAACGGAAAUCUCCUGGGAAACCCCGGGCCUAAAGGUGACAUGGGAAGUCAAGGGCCGAAAGGUGACCGAGGACUCCCCGGGGCUCCAGGUAUCCCUGGGCUCUUGGGCCACCCAGGUCCAGAAGGACCAAAGGGACAAAAAGGCAGUGUGGGAGAACCUGGCAUGGAGGGACCCAUGGGCCAGAGAGGGCGAGAAGGCCCCCCAGGCCUCCGCGGCGAUCCAGGGCCCCCUGGGUUUGGCGAGAAAGGGGACAAAGGGGAUGCUGGAGAAGCUGGACGUCACGGCCCACCUGGUGUCCCAGGUUCUGUGGGUCCCAAAGGUUCCAAUGGUUCUCCUGGGCCUCAGGGACCCCCAGGUCCUAUAGGCCUGCAGGGGCUCCGAGGUGAAGUGGGACUCCCUGGGAUCAAAGGUGACAAAGGACCCAUGGGACCAUCAGGACCCAAAGGUGACCAGGGCGAGAAAGGACCCCGGGGCCUCACAGGCGAGCCUGGCCAGAGAGGAUUGCCUGGAGCUGUAGGGGAGCCCGGGGCUAAAGGAGCAAUGGGUCCUGCUGGCCCUGAUGGACAACAAGGCCUAAGAGGUGAACAAGGCCUCACAGGGAUGCCAGGAAUCCGCGGCUCACCAGGGCCAUCUGGAGAUCCGGGAAAGCCAGGCCUCACAGGACCCCAGGGACCUCAGGGACUUCCUGGUUCCCCGGGCCGGCCAGGAGUUAAAGGUGAACCGGGCACUCCAGGCAAGAUCGUGUCGGCAGAGGGCUCAUCGACCAUCACUGUCCCUGGCCCCCCGGGACCUCCUGGAACAAUGGGGCCUCCAGGACCUCCAGGCUCUCCAGGUCCUGCUGGUCCAGCUGGUCUUCCAGGACAGCAAGGUGGUCUUGAUUUGCGAGGUCCUCCAGGACCACCUGGGCCACCUGGACCACCAGGACCUGCCAUCCCAGGCCCCCCAGGACCCCGCGGCCCAGCAGGGGAAGGAUUUCCAGGUCCACCAGGCCCGCCAGGAUCUUCCCUUACCAAUUCAGAAGUGUUAUUCUCCGGGCCCCCAGGCCCACCUGGCCCUCCAGGCCCCAAGGGAGACCAAGGUGAUCCUGGUGUUCCAGGGGCUCCCGGCAUUCCUGGUGGUCUCUCUGGAGGGGGAUCCUCCAGCACUAGGUACAUGCAGGGCCCCCCCGGCCCCCCAGGGCCUCCUGGGCCUCCCGGCUCCAUCAGCAGCUCCGGCCAGGAGAUUCAGCAGUACGUCUCCGAGUACAUGCAGAGUGACAGUAUUCGGUCUUAUCUCUCUGGAGUGCAGGGGCCCCCAGGGCCCCCUGGUCCUCCAGGGCCUGUCAGCACCAUCACGGGCGAGACUUUUGACUACUCGGAGCUGGCAAGUCUGGUCGUGAGCUACUUACAGACCUCGGGCUACAGCAUCGGUUCUUCCGCCUCUGCCACCCUGUCCUCCGAAGACAUCCUGGCUGCGCUGCAGCGGGAGGACGUGCGUCAGUACCUCCGGCAGUACCUGAUGGGCCCUCGUGGGCCACCGGGGCCACCUGGGCCCAGCGGAGAUGGGUCCCUCCUGUCUCUGGACUACACAGAGCUGAGCAACCGCGUGCUCAGCUACAUGUCCAGCUCCGGGGUCAGCAUUGGACUGCCUGGCCCCCCGGGCCCUCCUGGCCUGCCAGGAACAUCCUAUGAGGAGCUCCUCUCCUUGCUCCGAGGGUCUGAAUAUGGAGGCAUCGUCGGACCCCCAGGUCCCCCCGGGCCUCCAGGGAUCCCAGGCAACGCAUGGUCCAGCCUCAGUAUAGAAGACCUCUCAUCGUAUUUGCACACUGCCGGCUUGUCGUCCAUCCCGGGCCCGCCAGGGCCCACAGGGCCUCCUGGUCCUCGAGGGCCCCCAGGUGUCUCAGGAGCCCUGGUGACCUAUGCAAACGAGAACAGUGACAACUUCCGGAGCGAACUGAUUAGCUAUCUCACAAGUCCUGAUGUACGGAGUUUCAUCGUGGGUCCCCCAGGCCCCCCCGGCCCCCAAGGGCCACCUGGAGACAGCCGCCUGCUGUCAUCGGAAGGCUCCUACAGCCGGAGCAGCAGCUCCUACAGCUCCUCGGCCAGCAUGGGAGGGGCCAGUGAGGGGGGUGUCUUCGGAGCAGGGGCCCAAGAUGGGGGUCCCUACGGCACUGACGUUGGCCUGUAUGGUGGCGGUGGCAACGCCUUCGGAGCUGGCUUUGCAGGAGCUCUGGAUUACAACGAGCUGGCUGCCCGAGUCUCAGAGAGCAUGCAGCGUCAGGGCCUGCUGCAAGGGAUGGCCUACACUGUACAGGGCCCACCAGGCCGGCCUGGCCCUCAGGGAGUCCCUGGAGUCAGCAAGGUCUUCUCUGCCUACACCAACGUGACCUCGGACCUCAUGGACUUCUUCCGAACUCAUGGUGCCAUUCCAGGACCCCCUGGGCAGAAGGGAGAGAUGGGCACCCAAGGACCCAAAGGUGAGAGGGGUCUGGCAGGACCACCUGGGCGGCCUGGCCCACCCGGCCCUCGAGGACAAAAGGGAGAAAAAGGAGAUAAAGGUGAUCAAGUCUAUGUCGGGCGGAGGAGGAGAAGUAUUGCCACCAAGCCCUGAGCCCCCCAGGCAGAGCAGCUGCCUCCACCCAC